AUGUAUAUCUAUAAUUUGUAUGGGAAACGUAUUAGUUUAAAAGAAGCGGGAAAUGUACAAAAAUUAAAAUAUGAUCAAUAUUUCCAUCAUAGAAUAUCUUCAUCAAGGUCAACUAAUGAUAAACACUAUAGGUCAAGUAAUACACAUAUGAAUUCACCAUGGGAUUAUGAAUUACAAAGAUAUUUAAUACAAGGUGGACGUCAAUCAUUAACACCAUUAAGAUUACAGAAUACUAAACGGUCUAUUCAAAGUGCUGGUUCACGGUUAUUAAAAGAAUAUGAAAUAAGAGAAAGUGAAUAUCAAGAAGGAGAAGAAGAAGUUAAGAUGAAUUCAAAGUUAGAAAAUGAACAGAAACAUGAUAUCUCUGAUCAUGUGAAGAAAGAUGAUGCUGCUGAGGAUACUGCUGAUGCUGAUGCUGCUACUGUUGUUGAUGCUGAUGAUGAUGAAUUUUGGAAUAUUGAAUUCAAUGCAAAAGAUUAUUCAUCUAAAAAACAUUCUUAUUCAACUAAUGGUAAUACUUUACAUGGAAAAGAUAAUAAUAAUAAUGAUAUGAAAUCCUACAGUUUACGUAUAACAUUUACUGAUAUGUUACAAAAAAUUGAAGAUAAUCAAGGUAUGGGAAUUCAUACAUUCACUGAUUUAAAUGAUACAGUCAAUAAUAAUGAUGAUAUUCACUCUUCAUCUUCUUUAUCAAAUUCUACUUCUUCAUCUACUGUACUAUCACAUUCAGGUUUACAUACAAAGGUAUCAUUACCAUCAUCGUCAUCGGCAACAUCAACACCAACCUUUACUUCUUCUUCUUCUUCAUACAAUGAAAUUCUUAAUGAUUCUAAUGAUGAUGAAAUUGAUAUGUCAAGUAAAUUCAAAUUAUAUUCAGUGAAAAAGAUACAGCCAAUAAAGUUAUUCAAACGGAUUAUUAUAGCCGGACUACUAUUACGCGCAACAUUGAAUCUAAUCAGACCAAUACAAGAAUUGAAAGAUGCUAAAUUACGUAAUAAAAGUGCACAAACAUUUGUUGAACUUCAAAAGAAUAUUGAAGUAAAAUUAAAUAUUGAUCAUUUAGGAUUUGAUAAAUAUGCAUAUAAAAUCAAUCGUGAAAAAUAUCUUACCCAUGAUGCAGUGAAAAUACUUACUUUACCAAGUAAAUAUCGUACAGAAUCAAUGAUUCAUUCAGCAACUGUAUCUGUGAUUGCAACAACAGAAGCUUUCAGUGAAUUUCCAAUUGCUAUGCAGAAAGCAAUUAUUGGAAAAGCAUGGUAUGAAAAAUAUGAAGCUAGACGAAUGAUCAUUCGACAAGGUCAACCACCAUUGAAUUUCUAUUUUAUCAUUUCAGGUUCUGUGGUUGUUAGUGUAUCAAGAAAAAAUAAACAAACAGGAGAACCUUAUGAAGAGACUGUAGCUUUUUUAAAAGCUGGACAAAGCUUUGGAGAAUUAGCUUUAAUUUAUGGUGGUAAACGUAGUGCAACAAUUAUAUGUAAAACACCAGUUGAAUUAUUAGUUAUGUCUAAUAAUGAAUUUAAUCAAAUCUUUAUGCAAAAUACCCAAAAUCAUGAAGCUGAUCAUAUAACAUUUUUACGUACUAUACAAUUCAUACCAAAACAAGUUGUCAAUCAUUUAAAUGGAGUGGAUAGUACCAUUUUAUUAUUUACAUUUUUUCGACGUAAUGUAACCAUCUGUAUUGAUAGUAAUCAAAGUAAUUGGAUUUAUAUUGUUAAAACAGGACAAUGUCGAAUUCUUAAAGAUGUUGAAUUAAAACCGAAACAUUUAAAGUCAACAAUUAAAACUCAUAGACCUGGAACUGACUUACAGUAUUACUUUGAAUCGUCCGAUCACAAUGCGAAACCAAAAUCAAAUUCUCAACAUUCAACUAAGAAAUUAGAUAAUAAGAAUGUUAAAAUAUUCAUAGAAUUGAAAAUAUUGGAACCUAACAGUGUAUUUGGUUUAGAAUCGAUUGCAUUUGAACCAUUCGGUGGUACAACAUCCGUUUCAUUAGUAUCUGAUGGAGCUGAAUGUGUUGCAAUUAAUAAAAAAUUUUUUAUUGAACAUUGUCCAACGAAUUUUUUAAAUUGGUUACGAUCUAAAGUUCAACCAUUUCCUAGUGUUGAAGAAUUAGAAUCAAAAUUGAAUACUUAUAGGCAAUGGAAAAUGUAUCGUCAUCAUAUAAUUCAAGACAUUACUUCUUCUACUAGAUCAUGUAAUGUAUAG